AUGCAUCAGAGUCCACAUGAGGUAACUAGUGUUAUCUCUCUCAGCAACUCCUCAGUAUCACGCCGUAUUGAUGAGAUGGCAGCUGAUGUUGAAAACCAAUUACUAGUCUCCAAACUGCAGGUGAAUGAUUUUUCGCUUCAACUCGACGAAUCAACUUUACCUGAUAAUUCUGCUCUUCUGAUGGCAUUUGUGAGGUUUCUUGAUGUUAAUGAUAUAUGUCAAGGAAUGCUUUUUGCAUUGAAAUUAACGACAGACACUAAAGGAGAAUCCUGCUGCCAUGAUUGGAAGCAAUUAUGUGAAAAGAACAAUGAAGAAUUUGAACGACUUUUGUUGCACACUGAAGUCAGAUGGCUCUCAAAAGGGAAACUCAAGCUGUUCUGGCUGAACCUUGGAAGACGGGAGUUUGCACAGUUUCCUUCCUUGGCAGUUAUAUCUACCGAGCUGCUUGAUGAUGACCUAGCAGUGUAUGUUGACCAUCUGAAGCAGUUGCAUAAUGAUAUGGAAACUCGCUUCUCAGACCUACUCCAAAUGACUGUGCCACACUGGUUUGUGGAUCCCUUCAUUGCUGAUGCAUCUGAAGUUGAUGUCACCCAACAAGAAAGUUUCAUUGAACUUCAGAUACACAACAGCUCAAGCAAGGUUCAAGUGUGGAGGACACCAGAAGCUGUGGAUGAACCAAGAUGUGUUUAA